UGGAGAACUAGGAGUAUUGUAUAUUCAGAACAGACAGCAACAAGUUCAAUACUAAAGAAAUUAUAUAAUGGAAAAGAUCUAAAAAACUUUAAAAUACAUUAGUAUAGCACUUAAAAGAAAACAAAGCUACCACAUUGAUUUUUGAACUAUACGCGGUGUGUCUGGCAGCUGUCUGAUGUAUACUAUCCGUAUUAUGGUUGAAAGGUCAUCGAAACGCAAAUUUUGGUAGCGUCAAGAUUUCGCAGUUGAAGCUUGGAAAACAGGUGUAAAUAUAUGAUUUUGCAACAAAUAAGUGGAAUAAUUUAUUAUUUGUUAAUAAAUUCCAUAGCGAGAAGCCAUCAUGCAUCAGUAUCUGCCGUUUAAUUCGGUAACGAUCGAUAAUUGUUCAUGUCGUGUGGCACGGUCAGUUUGGCACAGCGAUUAGCUAAACUCGAAGACAAUGUUGAACGUUUGAUUGCUCUGUUUUGUGAGAAGAACAACAAUACCAGCGCACAGUGUUCGCCAGCCAACGACAAGUCCCCGGCCAAGGAGAACCAUGGCUGUGCGCGACGGGCCGCGGUUCCAGCUGUACCGUCGUUGCGCCACUACGCUGUGGUGGGCGAACUGGCCUUUCAGCUGGAGCGCCGCGUCUUGACCAAAGUCUGGCCGCAGCAGACGCGCUUCUACGGAUUUGCCAUGCGCAAUAUGGAGAGUAUCAUUGCCCGCGAAGUGGAUCUCGAUGCGCAGCAGACCACGCAGCGACGCUACUGUAAAAUUAUGAAGAAAUUACAGAAAUGUGGAUAUGUUAUUGGUCUGCACGGGAAUUAUCGUCGGCGAUUAUUAAUGAAUACGGGUUAUUACCGAAGCACGAGCAAGAUGGGGAUUUUAGUGAGGAUAGUCUGCGACGGAUUGUGACGAUCGCUGCGCCUUCACAGCUGGUGAAAGAUGUUCUAAUUUUGUUAGACUGUUUGGUGGUCUUGGCUAAUGAUGAUUGUACACCUCUGUUUUUGUUCUGAUUUUUUUAGUUCUUAUCAUAAUGUGCAUGGUGCGUACACGAACUUUUUACGGUCGCUAAUGAUGCUCUAUGUGUGCUUAAUACAGGCUUGUUGUAAAUUGUAACUAAUCUAAGUAUUAACUGUAAGUAGUCUGCCGUCUGGUAUGAUAAAUUUAAUUUGGACGAAUAUAUA